AUGUGCGAGUUUGUUUUUGUAAGUUAAUGUUUAUUAAGCGGAUAUGGUGUAUGUUGUUACUACGCGUAAAUUUUUACUUGUAAGUUAAUGAAGGAAGGGUUUAUCAGUGAUAGUGUUAUUAUUGUCUGUUGUUUCGGCAACCUGGGAACUUUGGGUAAUCUUGUCUUCAGUGUGUGAAGUUGACGUUACUGAAAACGAUGGCCGAUGGAGGGUUUGAUCCUUGUGAGUGUGUGUGGAGUCACGAGCAUGCAAUGCAACGAUUAAUCUCCCUACUUCGCAAUUCUCAAGGGUACUGCACAGACUCUGAAUGUUUUCCAGAAACACCUGGACCACAGGGGGUGCCAUCUACUGGUAGUGAAUUCUACUUUAUGCUUUUUCUCUUGGGUUGGCUCUUGAUAGCAGUAGUGUUGUAUUUUCUUCGACCAAAUUCUUUACGGGGACGUACAACUACAAAACCUUCGGAUCAGGGACCAAACUAUCGACCACCUCCAAAUGCUCCUAUCCAGUAAAAAAAAAAAUUAAACCAGAUUCAGUUGCAGCGUGUUUAUGUCUUGCAAAAAAAAA